AUGCUGAGCGACUGGGAUGCCGGGAUUGGGGACCUGGGCCGCGAGGGUGGGAGUAGGCGGCAGAGCCCCAGUGACCUGGCUGGGUGGACGCUGGAGGGCGGGGCUAGAUUCUGGCUGCAGGACCCUGAAGACUCUGGUAAUGCUCAGAUGUGGCCUUCCUGCCACCCUUCCCGCCCAGGGCAGCACCCAGACUCAGGCCUGCGAAGGGGCGGCUUCCGGGACCCUGGCUGGGGCAGCAGGGCUGAGGGCCCCCCCACCUACUGCAUUCUGGUGCCUGCGACACGAUAUCUCAGGAUGAUCGCAGGCUGCUUGGACAAAGCCUCUUCACGAUUGAAGGUGCCCCCAGGAAGCCCCCAGUGGACUGGCCACCUGCUGGAGCGGGGGCUGCAGGGCUUCCUCGGCUUCCCCAUCCCUGGGGAGACCAAGGCUCUCUCUGCCGUGGCCCCCUGGCCCUGCAGGCCUGAGCCUGGGGGGGGCCCCUGCUCACGGCCCUCUCCCCUCAGCAUCAUCAGCUGGUUUGUGCGGCAAUUCAAGUACAUAUUCAGCCUUCGCUUUGAGGUCAAGGGUCAGCACAAGCUGGACGUGGACAGGCCGUGUGUCAUCAUCUCCAACCACCAGAGCAUCUUAGACAUGAUGGGCCUCAUGGAGGUCCUCCCCAAGCGCUGCGUGCAGAUCGCCAAGCGGGAGCUGCUCGUCCUGGGGCCCGUGGGGCUCAUCAUGUACCUCGGAGGUGUCCUCUUCAUCAACCGGCGGCGCUCUAGCACCGCCGUGAGCGUGAUGGCCGACGUGGGCGAGCGCAUGGUGCAGGAGAACAUCAAAGUGUGGAUCUACCCUGAGGGCACCCGCAACGACAACGGGGACCUGCUGCCAUUUAAGAAAGGCGCCUUCUACCUGGCGAUCCAGGCCCAGGUGCCCAUCAUUCCUGUGGUGUACUCCUCCUUCUCCUCUUUCUACGACAGCAAGACUAAGCUCUUCACCUCAGGAACGAUCAGGGUGCAGGUGCUGGACGCCAUCCCCACCAGCGGCCUCACCGAGGCCGACAUCCCCAAGCUCGUGGACACCUGCCACCAGGCCAUGAGGAACACCUUUCUCCACAUUUCCAAGAUGUCCCAGGAGAAUGGGGCCACCGCAGGACCUGGUGUACAGCCAGCCCAGUAGCCCAGGCCACAGGCUGGGGCAGGACCCAGGGGAGGGCAGGCGGGAGGCAGGCAGCUCAAGAUGGACAGAGGGUCUCCCUUGCCCAGGCUGCCAAAUAUCACUGUGUCCGGCCUCCCCAGCUGCCCAGGUCUCAUUCUGGCCCUGGAAGCAGGAAGCCCCUUGUCACUGGCUUCCGAUCCAAGACCAUCGCGUCCCCAUCAGGAGUCAGCCAGACCCUCCCAGGCUUGUGGGCAAGGACGUGCCCCUCUGUAGGAUCUGGGAGGGUGGAAGAGGAGGCUGGAGGCUGGCCCAUGGGUGGCCAGAGCUGCCAGCCCUUGGGGUGGCCCAGGGGCAGCUAGACGGCUGUAACUGAAGCCUCCACCCGCCUGCCCACCUGCCCUGUUCUCUGGUGCCUUUAGUCUGGCUGCCCAGGGCCCUCCAGGUCAGGCCUGCAUCAGGCCUUCAGGGAAAGCAGGUGCCAGGAGGACCCAGACGCCCAGUCUGACACCACCCAGGCCCAGGGAGCUCGGACGCGGGGGCUGCCUGGCCGGUCGGCCAGGAAACUGCAGAGUCAGUGCUGCGCUUGGUUGUAACUUUUUAUAAAUGGACUCUUGGAAGUA